AUAGGUGAUAAAUACGCCACAGUUAUUACUACUGAUAAGAACAUUUAAAUUAAACGUUUUUGUCAAAUGACACGAUUUAAAUGAGACGUUUUGUGCACGUUUUUGAGACUAAUUAAUCUGAUUUUUUUAAAAAAUAUCGUCCAGUUUAUAAUACAACGCCAAUUACACUUGAUUCAGCACCACAUUAAAGGAGCCGAAAGCCACAGAUAGACGCUGAAGUCACGGACGCGCGUGAAAAGGCUCAUUGACAGAGACAGUUUAAUGCUGGCUCGCGCUUCUGAGCGAGGGUUGCUCGCGGCAGCUCGGACAGCUCGCGGCAGCCUCUAUUCGCAGCCGUCGGACCUCGAGCCCACUCCCCCGGGGAAUCCUCGUGAGGAGAAAGUUCUGGAUUUUGAAGUCGAACCGGCAACAUUUUCCGCCUUUAGAAGAGCCGAAGCGGACCGGACGGGCGCCCGCGUUCGGACCCGGUUCCUCCCCGGCGUGGCUUUCCAGAGCCGUCAUGGGCAACCCCCGACCCCCGACCGCCGACCCCCGACCGCCGUCCAGCCGUCCAGAGCGAGGAGUCAGGCGCGAGUGGCCGUGUUGGGGUGUCAGCGCGGUCUAACGGCAGAAAAUGUCGGUUGGCGCCACACGCUCGCGUUUGUCUCCCUUCCAACCUCACAGCGUGCAAGUUCUCCCUUCCCUCCCUCUCUCUCUCUCCCUCUGCCAGUCGGUCUGCGCUGUCCGCACUCGGGCUGCGCGCCGGCUGGCCGUGUGCUGAGAGCUGCCCGGCGGCCCCGCGCCGCCCUAUAUCAAUCAAGCUGUCCCGGGAGCCUCGGGGGCGGAAGCAGGGCUUUCCUCGAGGAUGGAGUUCCAGAGCUGCCCCCGAGGGACACGGCCCGGCGCGUGGAAAAAAAGACCAACGCAACAUCCUGCACGUUCGCUGCCGGGAAUCUCCCCCGCGAGCCGGACCCCCGCAGGUAACCAGCGAGCAGCCUGGGAGAGGGCGCCUGCCGCUGCCGGCCGUGCUGCUGAGAGCAGCGCCGCGCUAAUCGAUCGCGACUAAUCGGUGACAUGGCUUCACAAAGGUGCUCUUCCACUGUCGGAGUUCAUUGAUCACUCCAGAUGUUUCUAGGAUUUGUUUUCUGCAGAUUCCCGCAUUGGAAGCGGGAAUACAGACCGAGCCCGGUUAGAUUCUAAAUGGACUACACAGCCAAGCCCAGUGGCAUUAACUUCACAUAAAACUGGCGACAUCCGAUCGCAGCCUGGGAAGCGCGUGUCUUCGCACCCCUCUGCAGGAAUGGGUACGUGGACAGCGGAGUCCACAGGGACACUUGAAGGAAACAACCUCGCGGAAGGUCACCCAGAGGGCGAGAGGUCGCAUGUCGUGUUUACACAGAACUUUCUUUCUGAUGGAGGAUUGUUUCAACUCCUGACCCCCCCCACCCCGUCCCCCCUCUUUUCCACCCUCGCCUUUUAAACUCGCAGCGAGAGCAAGGCCGUCACCCGAGAGGCGAUUGGCUGGUCGCUACGUCACCGCGGCGGCGAUUGGCUGGUCGCGGACGUUCCACGUGAGGACUUGGUGAUGUGUGCAGUUCAGACAACCUGAACGUUGUCUACAGCCUCUACCUCCGUGUCUGUUAUUCGUUAAUCUAUCGAAUACUGCAAAGGGGAAGCCAAUAUAAAUAUUUGUACCCUGUGGCCUACAAGGUUUAAUUCAUUAGAAA